AUGGUUUUCUUUAAUAUAGAUGACGACGCCGCUGAGGUAUACAGACGUGACCCAGAGGCAUUUACCCAGCAUAUCAACAAAUUCGUGUGUUCCGUAGCGCACAAGUUCGGCUUGCCUCAAAACGCCAGACUUCAUAUCACACAACUAGGCCAGGGCAGCUUCAACGCCGCGUACAAUAUUCAUGUCUACGAGCGCAAUGGAGAGGAUCACGACAUAGUAUUUCGAGUCCCACACACACGCCAUUGCUUAUGCAAGGAAGCCCUCACCCUGAGAGAGGUUGACCACCAGAUCAAGGCCAAUGAACUUCAAACUCUGAAGGCCCCGAGGGUCUUCGACUGGUCCUGCGGUUCGGACAACGGCUUCGGAUGGCCAUAUAUGAUAGUGGAGAGAGUAAGAGGCACAGCUCUCAUUGAUGUCUGGGGCUCAUAUAACGAUGAGCAGCGCAUUGGGAUCGCAGCACAACUUGGCCAGGCCCAUUACGAAAUGUUGACCAUCAAGAGCCAUGCCACCGGGAAGUUUGACGCUAAUAAUGAUUGCCAAAAUCCUAGCUUCCGGCUCACACCACACGGGAGUAGCGCCGAAUACCUGAAGAAUCACAUCUUACAGUACGGGUGUAGUCCCCGUAUGUCUUCUAGGAUACAACAGUGUGAGAAGAAUGAUCACCUCCCAAGAUCAGUCGCGGAUACAAUGUUGGAUUCAUUCGAGUGGAGCAUAUGCUAUGAGGAAUGUACAGGAAGAACCGUCCUGCACGGUAAGAAUACCUGGCUCAAAUUCCAGAGGAUGGUUAAGGAAAUGGAAUUCAUUGGGCUAUUUUCUGGGGAUGGGUACGAAAAUGGAGCAUUCAACGUAUGGCACAGAGACCUGUUCCCUCGAAACAUCAUGGUCGACACCGACGAAGCUGGCGUUCCAAUUCUGACGGGCUUCAUCGACUGGGACGAUUCCAUAUACGGACCAGACUUCGCAGCCUGUCCCGCCCCUAAAUGGAUGUGGAGAGACUGCUAUAUGGCGAUAUCUGGGGACUGUUCUUGUUGCGGGAGAAUCGAAGAGGAGUCUCUGGACGAAAUGAAGCAGGACGCGCACAAUUCCAGAGGCAAAGCCAUCAAAGACGCAUUCGACUCAAACGCCGGCCCGAGCUGGCAGAGACUGGCCUACCUUCCCGAAUACGCGAUUGCCCGCAAGUUGUUCGGUAUCGCAUCACGACGCUGGAUCAGCGACUGUCGGACCCGAGAAUCAGAGAAAGCAGUGGGUGAGAGCUUGAUAGCCAAGUGGCACGAACUCAUUAACAGCGAUGCAUUCAAAAAACGUUGGCACCUAAACGUCUACAAUGGCCAAAUACGGAAAGCCUCUGUCUCAUUGAUCUUGAGGGAACAGUUGAGCGAGGUAGAGAAUGCACAGUAUCUGGCUGUCCUCUACGAGAGAGAGCUUAGCCACAAACGAAACGGCGGCGGAGGCAACACCUCCCCAGCACGACUACUACCUCCUCCAGGGUUCAACACUAUACAUCCUGGCCAGAACACGGGGACAGCCUCGGGAUGGACCGGCGGCAACAGCAACUCGCAACACCCAGAUCAGCAACUUAUACUGCCAUCAAUUUCGCAAAUUCUCCAGCUGCCUCAAAACACCCAAAACGGACCACUACCAGUGGCUCCGGCAUACGACCCAUUUGGCUUUGGCCAGCCACCGGCAUACAAUUACGAACUGCGUAGACCAGCUGGACGGCCUCAACUUCCGGAAAGAGUGCGCGAAGGCAACAACCACGAUGGGUUCACUCAGAGCCACCAGUGCCAGUGCCGAGAGUGCGGUGAUUGCCAGGCGUACAAUACGUAUCAACAAAACAGGCAAAACCGCCAUGGGCUCGCUGGCCGCCAUCAGCCCCCAUGGGUUCGGAUAGAUAACCGGCCCUUCAAUCUUAACUAA